GACAAGUAAACAGUAAACAACACAGCACACAGUGUAUGCCGCUCGACCGUAUGCCUACACUCAGUAGGUUUCUGACUAUAUUUCGUUUCGCGUCGAAUAAAUUCAUUUCGUACGUUCAACUGUCUCAUUGCCGCUGCCGGUUUAUUUGAAUUUCCCGCCCAAACCUAUUACGUAACCUACUUUACUGUUCUUUGACGUGACAAGACGAGAUUGAAUUUGAAAGUGCGGUGGUUUGUAUUUGUGAAGUUUGUUGUUUUUUUUCAAGAUGUUAAUUUCGAGUUAAGACUAUUUGGAUUUACUAGCUUUAUGGAUUUUCUUUAAUGUGUAGUAGAGUUGAUGAGGGGCAUAUUGGUGACGUUACCUUUGAGAGUGCUGUUGGUUGGACAUCAAAAAACCAUUUCUCAGCUACUGCUUCUUCUUGGCCGCUGACCAUUGGGCAAUCCAGAUACAGUGAUGAUGGAAUUAUGGACCACGAUAUAGAUGGGGAUGGUGUUAUUAAUCUGUCGACGUCCCAACGACCGUCAGCAACAACUACGCCAAAUAUAAUACAGUCUUUGAACAGUGAACCACAGGCCGCUUCACUGGAAAAAGUAAUAAAAGAACAACAACAACAACUAGAGCUGGAUCGAACUUGGGAUCACGAAAGGGAGCGGGACAUAAAAGGCAAUGGAAGCUCAAGUCCUCUUUCGGAACAAAGGACACAAGAACAUUCUCCCCCACCUACAUCCGACUCGCAAAAAAAUCUUAGCGCAACGAUUCCACCCAUUCAACAGAAUGAAACAACAAAAUUACCAAAUGACUACUCCUACAGUCAGUCUCAAACACCUGGACCACCACUAAUGUCAUCACCCACCUCAAAUCUUCAUCAUAUGCAGCAGUUACUUCAGCAACAUGUAUUAAGUCCUACGCAGCUACAGACUUUAAUGAAGCAGCAUUCGAUAUUGCAACAGCAGCAACAGCAACAUCAACAACAUCAAUUAGCAGAAUUAGGUAAAAAACAAAUCGAACAAACCAUGCAACAACUUCAAGAACAACUCCAAAUGAAUCUCAUCCAACAGACACAUAUCCUACAAAGUACAGAUAAGAAAAAAGCAUCUAGCUCAAUACAGCAGCUAGCACUACAACAACAGCAACUAAUUCAGCAACUACAACUAGUUCAACGGCAGUACGUCGUACAUCAGGGUAUGGGCAUGCAGCCACUGAUGCUUUCCCAAAGUCAAAGUCUCAACAGUAGAGAGGUUAUGAGUCCAUGGAAGGAUAUUAGUGAUCCACAUGUGGCUAAUAAUAAGCCACCACCGGAAUCAAAUGAUACUUCUCCUGGUUUAUUGGGUAUUCCUGCAAAUAGAUCAAGUAGGGAUGAACCUAUGGAUGAUAAACCUGAUAGGCCAUCUACCCCUGAUAGAUUACAUCAUCUAUACGGUCAUGGUGUCUGUAAAUGGCCUGGCUGUGAGAAUCCAUGCGAAAACUUGGAAACAUUUAUAAAGCAUUUAAAUACGGAACACAUCCUCGACGACCGUUCGACGGCUCAAGCUCGUGUUCAGAUGCAAGUUGUUUCCCAACUCGAACUGCAACUUCAAAAAGAACGAGAUCGUCUUCAAGCGAUGAUGCAUCAUCUUCAUCUCUCUAAACAACUGAGCUCUCCAGAUCCACAUAAAGACUCCUCAGUUAGUUCCGUAAAGAUUGCGGUAAGUGCAUCCCUGCCUCAACCUCCAGUAUCUAUGGGACCUAUGGUCUCGGCUGUUAGGUCACCAGUAUUGCAUUCACCAGCCCCAAAUGUUGCUGGACCGAUUAGAAGGAGACUGAGUGAUAAAUCUGCGUUAUCAUUAGCCGGUGAAAUUCAAAGAAAUAGGGAAUUUUACAAGAACGCUGAUGUAAGACCCCCAUUCACAUAUGCUUCUUUAAUUCGACAGUCCAUUAUCGAAUCACCCGAUAAACAACUGACACUCAACGAAAUUUACAAUUGGUUCCAAAACACAUUUUGCUAUUUUAGGAGAAACGCGGCAACUUGGAAGAACGCAGUACGACACAACCUGUCACUCCACAAAUGUUUCAUGCGUGUGGAGAAUGUGAAAGGGGCAGUUUGGACAGUGGACGAAGUAGAAUUCUACAAGAGAAGGCCGCAGCGAUGUUCGUCGGGUCCUUUGGCCCAACCAGUCGUCGGGGGUGCCACUUCAAAGAGUCCCACCAUGAACCACAGUCCAACAAUAUAUGGUGAUCAUCUAGCGUCGAAUGUUCAGUUUAUGCAGGCUUCCUUGAUGGAGGAGAACAAUCUGUCUUUUUUGACAAAUUCCGCCUUGCUUGUCAGUCGAACGAGAGACAGGUCAGAAUCACCUCCCCAUGACCAUUUAAUCAGGUCGCCCAUGAAUGGCGGACUGCACGUUAAGCAAGAAAUGAUCCAAGAUCAUCACAUGAGAAGCGAUCGCGAGCGCGAACGUGAAAGAGACCAAGAGAUGCAGCACGUGAUAAAACGUGAGAUGCUCUCAGAGUACGACGACUUAGAUCAGGAGCAAUCAGAAAACGUUGCAGAAGAUCUCACAAUAACUUCAGAUCAUACGGAGUCGAACAUUAUCGACCAAUAGUGAUAAAAAAGUGUUCAUUUCACUCGAAUUCUAAGAACUUUUCUUCGCAAAUGUACGUGAACUCCAUUGGUAUGUAGGUUGUAAAGAUUGAAGGACGGCUUAAACUUUGUAUAUUUGUUUGUGCGUGUGUGUACAUAUAGAAAAUAUGAUUAAAAAUGAAUGAAAGGGUAUUGUUAUCGUUUAGAAAAAUUUGUCGAGUGUUGUAUCAUCAGAAAAAGAUAUUAAUUUCAUCAUUAAUACAGGGUUAUUUGUUACGCGAUGGAUUUUUUUGGCUAAGCCAAAGAUUAUUUUAAUUAUCAUGUACUGUUAGUUCAAAUUAAUAUUCGGUAAAUUUUCAAGUAAUUUUUGACUACUGAUCGCUUAAAGAUUGUGAUUGCAUCAUAAAUGGAGAUACCUAUUCACAAUAAACACUGUUUCUAUAAAACACAAUGGAACUAGUAGCUACACCUAUAAGGAAUAAUUUAUCGACCUUGUUAUUUGUAAUGCACCAACCUUACAUCGAGAUUGAAAUGAUAACAAUGACAAAAAUUUCUAUGAACAUGUAUUUAAAAAAAAUGAGUGGUGCGUUUAGCUACGCUAUACCUGAAUACACUGUUUGUUGAUCUCGUGGCUUGGUACCUUCCUGUACACAAAAGGAGCUAUUCGAUAUCUGUGAAACUUUGUUCCAAGCAACUUUAAUUUUGUGGAUUAACUGCACCAGAGGCUACGAAGGUUGAUAGAGAUUAGAUAGUCUCUUCCUCAUCGUGUCUCACACUUCUGUUGAAUAUUUAUCUAAUGAGCGGGCUGACCACGGUAAAACAUUAACGUCAACUUUUUAGAGAAACUCCAAAUAUGUAUAAGUACGUUGUCCUGCUGAAAAAUGACGGAUGGAUGCUUAUUUAAAUAAGAAAAUGAAUUGAUUUGUAGGAAAUCACUAAGAUACCGUCCCACAAUUUGAGAAUUUUGAGCAUUUUGUUACGCAUAACAAAGAGUAGACGAACUCAAAAUUAGGUAAACAGGUUGUUCAUGAAAAAAAUUAUUUUUAUACAAAGAUACAACAUUGAUAAUGUUAUCAUAGUCUGUUCUAGAUAUAUGGUGUUGCCAAAAAAAUCAAGGUCAGAAAAUUAUUUCUCCUGAGUGUUAUUAAAUUUAUACCAAAUAAAAAGUUUUUUGUUCAUUAUGAGAAUUGAAGUACUCCAAAAAUGGCACCAAUCGAUUCUGAGCAUGAAAUAAAUCAAACAUUUACCUAUAUCAACAUAUAAAUUUUCAAUAUAUAUUUUAGUAAAUAUAUCAUUUUAAUAAUUUUUCUAUUCGUGAUAACUAUUUUUAAUAAGAACGCAAAUAUAAAUACCAAAAAAUUUUCAUUUAUUGGAUAUAAAAUUAUGUGUAGUAACUUUUAGUAAGUUUUCCUCGUUCGUUUUUCGUGACAUUUCAGGACUAUUUGUAGAACUGAAAUUAUUAUUAUAACGUACAUCAGUUACCGUAA